UAAAAGGUGCUUUCAAGUGGCUUGAAAUAGUAGUACCGAGUUUUCGGGCUUGCGAUCAAACAGAUUUUCGUAGUAUCGAGAGGUUUUCUAAGAUGAAGGUCUUUCUAAUUGCAUUUAUUGCAAUUUUCGCUGCAUUUGAAGCAGCCGCGCAAAAAAAAGUUGUUUGCUACUACGGUACAUGGGCAACUUACCGUCCGGGAAAUGGAAAAUUCGACGUAGCUAAUAUUAAUCCCCAUCUCUGCACGCAUUUAAUUUACACCUUCUUUGGAAUCGAUGAUUCUGGUACAUUCAAGAGUCUUGAUGCCUACUUAGAUUUGCAGGACAACUGGGGCCGCGGAAACAUUAAGAUGUUCGACUCUUUGAAAGCUAUCAAUCCCGACGUAAAGACUUUGGCUGCUGUGGGUGGGUGGAAUGAAGGUUCAGUGAAAUAUUCAAACAUGGCAAAAGACCCAGCCAAGCGAAGGAGAUUCAUUGAAACUUCCCGAGACUUCUUGUUGCAACAUGGAUUCAACGGUCUGGAUAUGGAUUGGGAAUAUCCAGCUCAACGUGAAGGCGAUGCGAAUGUAGAUAAGGCUAAUUUCGUUACCCUGCUCAAAGAACUUAAGGAAGAAUUUAACAAGCAUGGUCUACUUCUGUCUGCUGCUGUUGCUGCCGCCGAAGCAUCCGCAUCACAAUCCUAUGAUAUCCCUCAAGUGUCACAAUAUUUGGACUUUAUCAAUGUCAUGGCUUAUGAUCUCCACGGUUCUUGGGAUAGCUCGGUUGGAAUAAACGCCCCUAUGUACGCCGGCCCAUCUGAUCAAUCUGCUACAGAAAGACAACUUAAUGUUGAAGCUAGCAUCAAUUAUUGGCUCGGACAAGGCGCUGAUCCUUCCAAGAUAAUUUUGGGCGUACCCCUAUAUGGCCGCUCCUUCACUCUUCAAGAUUCCUCGCGCACUAGUCCUGGUUCACCAAGUACCGGUCCUGGUUCCGCUGGUGCCUACACUCGCGAGGCUGGAAUGCUCGGCUACAACGAAAUAUGCGAAAACUUCAAACAAGGAGGUUGGAAUGUGAAAUGGGACGACACCCAAAAGACUCCGUAUGCCUUCAAGGACAGGCAAUGGGUUGGAUAUGAUAACGAAGAAAGUAUCCAAGUCAAGGGUGACUACGUUAAUAACAAAGGACUUGGUGGUAUUAUGAUUUGGUCAAUCGAGACCGACGACUUCAGAGGAAUCUGUGGACAAGAUUAUCCAUUGUUGAGGAAGAUUAAUGCAGUUGUACGUCCUGGUGUCACCAUUCCUGACGUAGAAAACCCCGUCACUAACCCAACUCCUGGUGGUGGUGGAGAAAGCGGUGGUGGAAGUGGCGGUGGUGGAAAUGGAGGUGGUAGCUCAGGCGGAGACGAACGUUGCACUAGCGAUGGAACAUUCAGAGAUCCUAACAAUUGUUCUGCUUUCUAUCAAUGUGUCGGUGGAUACUAUUACGGUUUCCAAUGUCCUCCAGGCUUGUUAUUCGACCUUAACACCCAAAAUUGUAACUAUGAAAAUCAAGUCAGCUGUUAAUUCUGGAUCGAACCUGAAAUAAAUAUUGAAACUUA